AUGGAGCCGACAGCUAAAGGACGGACUGAAAAAAGUUUCAGCUACGUUGUCAGAGCCCCCAGCAGCGAUGGGUUUGAUAUAAUGAACGUCGAUGUGAAGAUCGACACGUCCUGGAUCUUCCAGGAUGUAGAGGAGACUGGUGAGGAGCCGGAAUGUCUUCCAGAAGAAGCAGCCAGAAGCCCAGACAUGGACCCGGGAACGCUCAGGAAGCAACUGGAAUCCUCAGAACAGAAGCUGUUGGUAGCUGUGGACAAGUACGUGAUGUCAGAGUCUGGGCUGAGGAGCAGAAUUCAGGAGCUGGAGCUGUCGGAGAGGAAACUCCUCCAGAAGGUGGACCAGCUGAGCGCCGUCGUGUUCCAGGAGAGAAGUGCCUCUCUCCGGGCCCAGGAGCAGCUGGAGGCGCUGCAGGGGGAGCUCGCCAGCCAGGUUCAGGAGAAGGAGCGCGCGGCCCGGCGGCAGCGAUGGCGGCUGCGGCGGCUGCGGGAGCGGCUGCGGCGCAAGGACGAGGCUCUGGGGCGGCAGGCGGCGGCCUUGGAGCGUGGCCGGCGGCUCCAGCGGCGCCAGCUGCGACUGGUGCGCGAGCAGGAGCGCAUCCUGCGGGAGCAGGUGCAGCGGCUGGAGCUGGACGUGAGGCGCCUCUGCCACGCCGCGGGCCUCCUGCUGGCCGAGCUGGACGCUCCGAACCCGGGUGGCCCCCGACCGCCGGGCCCGGCCAGUCCCCGGGGCGCUCCCGAGGAGGCCGCGGCGCCACGCGCGCUGCGGGCCAGGGCCGAGCGCGGCGAGCGCGAGCGGGACCAGGCGGCGCGCCGGCUGCGGGAGCAGCGCGCCACCGAGCGGCUGCUCCGCGGGCAGCUGGAGGAGCUGCGCUGCUUCAUCUAUGGGCUGAAGCUGUCGGAGAUCGGCCUGCAGGGCCAGGUGGAGGAGCUCGCCCAGCAAAACAGGUGCCUGCGAGAGGAGCUGGGAGCCCAGGCCCCCCGAGAGAGAGCGCUCAGCACGGCCCCUGCUGGUCACGGUAGCCUGGACGCCCUGGGCUGUGUUCAGGAUGAAUCGCUGCCCCUGCCCUGGGAGGAGGCUCCGGAUGCCUGCGGAAACCGAGGCCCCGACGGGGCCCCUGGACCAAGGGGCUCGGCAGGCCAGCCCUCCGAGGGGCCCCGCGCCUGGGACUGCACUGGGGCUGGACAAGGCACUGCUGUCUUGAUCCCAGGCCCGGAGACCACGUACAAGUUCCCAGGAGACCUCGCAGGAUCUGACCGUGGACAGUUUACUCUGGCUGAGCCCAGCUUGGACGAACAGACUGUCCUUCUUAUCUGUGGCUUCCCCCCGGGGCAGGACAUGGACGGCUCACUCCUCCCGGUGGAGCUGGCCUGGAUUUCAGAGCAGAAGCUAGCAGCCACCCCGGCCCAGGUGUCCUUCCUCCCAGUGCAGACGUACACACGCCCUCCCUGGGGGCAGGCUGGGGACUCGGCUCCCCUGCCACUGCCGUGGCUGCUCCUGGAAGAUUCCCCAGAAGAACUGCAAGCCCAACAGGUGCUGGAGGCCAGGCCCCCGCCUGCUUUCUCCGCUGCAAGACGCCCCAGCCGGAAUCAUCGCCAGGCAAGGAGCCACGAUGCCUCCCUCUGCCGGGAGUCCCCAUGCAUUUCAAAUCACCGAUUUCCCAGGAGAGGCCCCAAGGACCUAAAAGACUCUUGCAAGGAGGGAGGAGGAACCCCAGGGCAGAGACCGGAAGGUGCCAGGGCUCAGUCAAGUCAGGAAAGCCGUGAGAACCUGAGCCUGGAGGCUGGUGUCAGGGCCCCAGAGGGUGUACGGAAUGAGCACGGGGCUUCCGAACCCCCGGCUGCAGCCUGCUGCCCUGGGCCCAGGCGGGAGCUUCCACUGCCCCUUCCUCAGGGGGAGGCCUCAGUGUCAACGGAGGGUCCUGAAUCCCUGAGCAGGAGGGGGCGGGGGGGAGGGCAUGUCUGGAGCCUCCAAGAAGGAGGAGAAGGGGGAGAAGGGGCAGGAGGGCUUUCAUCAUCAGAGGAGGAAGAGGCCGCCACAGCCGCCUUCUCCAGGGCCCACAGCACCAACGGGCCACCGCCGGCAGGUGCUCAGCCCUUUGCAGAGCAGGGCGGAGCCCUCAGGAGAGUUCCGGGCAAGGAGGAAGACUACGUGUGGUCUAGAAACGCUCUGCUUCUCCCAGAGGGAAGCCCUGAGGACAAAGGACAGGAAGAGGAGGAGGAAUUGUUGCAUCUCCAAGGGUCCAGCCCGGGCCACAGGGAUGUCCGGGAGGAGCCGGGCUCCGAGGACUGUGAGGCCAAGGAAACGCUUUUCCUACUGCAGGAGGGAGGUUUGCCACCGUCUCCUGGAUUGGCUUUAUGGCCCGAGGGGGCCCAACCUACCAGUCACCCCCGGGCUCCAAGCAAAGGCUGUGAGGGAUCUGCGUUAAAAAUAGAGGAAUUUGAAAAGGAGAUGGAGGCUUGUUUCCAGCAACUCUCCAUCCUGAAGCCUGGGAGUGGGAGGCAUGGCCAGAAAGCUUCCUCGUUGGCAGGAGAAAACUGGAGCUUUGCUCGGAGAUGGCACAGCUUCCAGGAGGACGCGUAUCCUCAGCAGGCUUUGGCAAACCAGCAUUUGGAUAUUUGUUAUGCCAAGGAAGCAAACCCCAAGGAGCCUGAUGAAGACGUUAAACCGGGAGAGACUGGGGCCCUAGGAACUGGAGAAGUUCUUCCAGGGCCGGUGCUGGAUUUGGUCAACCUGAGCCCGGGCCCGCCAGAGGGGUCCUCUGAGUGGGGUCGGAACCAGCUCUCUCAGCAGCCGAGAGCCCUCGAGAGAGCGAGGACUAGGUUUCGUCAGCUCAUUUCUGGAUUGAAGACGGAGAGAAGCAAAGUUUUACGUGACAACGCCAAGCUUCAGGUAGAUCAGGAGCGGUGCCACAGAAAACUGCGUGUCCUGGAAAAAGAGAGGGAGAGAAAUGUGAAAAAAAUAUCUGCACUCAAACAGGAUAACGGCAUGCUGUUAGGAGACAUCUCUCACGUAAAGAGGGAGCUGGACCAGUACGUGCAGGUCAUUUCCGACCUUGAAGACUGUAACAGGAAAAGUUACUGCAAAAUUUCUGAGCUCGAAGAGGAAAACGAGAGAUUGAAAGGGCACCUUGGGCAGCUCCGGAAAGCCAUGUCUGCGAGCAUUCGAAAAUCCAAAGGCGUGAUGGAGUGCAUCACCCUGGAAAACUGGGAGCUCAGUGCACUGAUUUCGGAGCUUGGGGUCAGUUAUAAAGAGCUGAUAAAGGAUAUAGUGCUGGGAAUAGAAGACAUGAUCCAGGCCUUCAGGGGGGAGAACGAACACCUUCUACAAAGGAUCCGAGUCCUGGAGGGGGAAGUCGUGUGGGGGAGCAGCACAGAUGAGGGACCUUUGGUGAGAACAGAGGAGUAUCUCCAGGGAAAAAACAUGAUGGCGGUGGACCAGGUGAACACUGUAGAAAGGGGGGUGCAGGUGACCCAGCUUUCAGGGCAACUGACUGCAGGAGGCCCUGGGCCACCCUCGGAGCAGGAAAUGGGUCUGGCUGGAGGGUGGACGGGACCUUGUUUAGGCCUGGAGGAUUCCAGGUGCGGUGCUGAUUCUCCUGCUACAUCACUGGUCUGGGGAAAUGCCGCAGGAUCCAGUGCCCUGCAAGGAAACACCGAUGGGGCAGGAGUGAAAGAAGCGCAUUUGGAGAAAGAUGACGAAAGACCACGGUGUUCUGAAGACCAAGGGCGAGCUCUGAAGUCCCCACGCAGUGGCCCCCGGCUCCAGGACCCUGAAGCUGAGGCUUCCAAGGAGGACCUCAGGCUGUGCAUCAGACAACUUCAUCACCAGGUGCUGACCCUGCAGUGCCAGCUCCGAGACCAAGGGUCUGCACACCAGGAGCUGCAGGCUUCUCGGGAUGAGGCUGCCCGGCUCCAAUGUGAGCUCAAGGACAAGCUUGAUGCACUUCAGAAAAAGCACCAUGAAGCAAAUUUGGCUGUGACUCCUUUGAAGGCUAAGCUGGCUUCCCUGGUCCAGAAGUGUCGGGAGAGGAACCACCUGAUCACACACCUGCUCCAGGAGCUGCACAGACACGGGGUGGAGAACCACCAGCUCUCCAAGACGGCAAGCAACAUGGUGAAUGACGCGGCGCUGGCUGAGUACGCGGCCACCUUCUUGGCUCCGGGGGUCCCACAGACAAGCCAUCACCUGGACAUCGAGUCUGAGAAGACAACAGUUGUAAGAGCUCAGAAAUACCUCCUGAAUCCUGAAAUGGACAGUGUCCUCCAAAGACCUUUGCAUUCAGAGUCCUGGCCUAUUCCAGAGGCUGAGUGGCCAGCACAGACAGCUCAACUGGAUUCUUUGAAGCUUCCCUGGCCCUCCGGGCCGAUGCCCGACCCUGGAAUGUGCCAGGCUUCCAUCGCUGUGGAACCAGGGCUCCCUGUACAACGUCUGCAAGAAAAAGGUGGAAUGUCCUGGCCUGGCCUCCAAGCUGAGCACCUCCUGCCAUCCCCCGAGCUCCUGAGCCCCGCAAGGAUCCUGGCUUUGCAUCAAGAGCUUCGACAAAGCAUCUGCAGCACUUCCCAGGUCAAUAAAUCACCGUUGGAGUUAUAA